AUGUUUACAAUGUCACAUCCAUACCGCCAUGUCCACACCACCAUGUUUACAUGCCAUGUCCUCACCGCUACGUCCACACCGCCACAUCCACACCACCACAUCCACAGCACCACGUCCACACCACCACGUCUACAGUGCCACGUCCACACUGUCACGUCCAUACCACCAUGUCCACACCACCAUGUCCACACCAUCACGUCCACACUACCAUGUCCACAUCAUCACAUCCACACUACCACACCAUCACCUCCACACCGCCACAUCCACAGAAUCACCUCCAUACUGCCAUCCACACUGCCACAUCCACAUCACCAUGUCAACACCACCACAUCCACACCACCAUAUCCACAGUGCCACGUCCACACCACCAUGUCUAGUGCCACGUCCACACUACCAUGUUCACAUGGCCACAUCCACACUACCACGUCCACACUGCCACGUCCACACCAUCACGUCCACACCACCAUGUCCACACCACAGCCAAAUCCAUACUGCCACGUCCACACCAUCACAUCCACACUACCAUGUCCUCACGGCCACAUCCACAGUGCCACGUCCACACCACCACAUCCACAGCGCCACGUCCACACUGCCAUGAUCACACCACCAUUUCCACACCACCACGUCCACACCAUCACGUCCACACCACCAUGUUCACACCACCACCUCCACACCGCCACAUCCACACUGCCAUGUCCACAGCAUUACCUCCACACCACCAUGUCCACACCGCCACAUCCACAUCACCAUCGCCACGUCUACACCACCAUUUCCACACCAUCACAUCCACACCACCAUGUCCACACUGCCACGUCCACACCAUCACCUCCACACCACCCUGUCCACACCGCCACAGCCACAUCACCAUGUCCACACCACUACAUCCACACCACCAUGUCCACACGGCCACAUCCACACUGCCACAACCACACCAUCACAUCCACACUACCAUGCCCACACAGCCACAUCCACACCGCUGUCUACACCAUCACAUCCACACUACCAUGUCCACACAGCCACAUCCACACUACCAUGUCCACACCGCCACAUCCACACCGCCACGUCCACACCGCCACGUCCACACCACCAUGUUCACACUGCCAUGUCCACGCUGCCGUGUCCACAUUGCCAUGUCUACACCGCCAUGUCUAUACUGCCAUGCCAUGCUGCCUUGCCUACACCUGGGUUUCUGGUGACUAG